AUGGCAGCGCUCAACCAGAGGGGUGGCAGCGGCCGGAAGAAGACCGUCAUUCGCCGGAUCGAGCAGGACGAUGCCCCGCACGUCUGGUUCUCCAACGGCCGCGUGGGGUUCUUCAGCAAGGCCAGCAAUCUAGCAGUCCUGACCGGCGCCCAGGUGGCCGCACUGACCUCCUCGCCCGGUGGCAACGCCUUCUCCUUCGACCACCCCUCCGUCGACCCAGUCGUGGAACGCUUUCUGGUGGGGGAGAGUGCGGGGGCUGGCGCGAGCGAGGACGGUGCUGCCGGCGAAGUUCAGAAGCUGGAGAAGCUGCACCAGGAGUUCGACGAGCUGCGCAAAGUGCUGGUCGAGGUGAAGAAGCGGACUGAGCGCGAGGAGGUCACAGUGAAGGAGCGUGACGCGGGGGAGCCUAUUGCGGCUUGGGUCGACCCGAAUGUGCGUGACAUGGGGGCCGAGGACAUGGCAGCCUUCUUUGCCGCGCUGAUGCAGGUGAAGGACAUCGCCUCCGAACGCGCCAACCAGGUUCUCUUGCGCGUUGACGUGAGCCGCAUGGCGGAGGAGAUGCUUCUGCCGCUAUUGUUCGUUGUGGGGAUGGAUAUGGAGGAGAUGCAGAUGGUGAUUCCUCAGCCGCUAGGGUUCGACGAUGAGAUGGGGAUGCCUCCGUCACCGGAGAUGCCUGCUGGGCUGGAGACGAACACCGGCUUCCAAUUCUCGUACUGA